AUGGGCGAGGGGGCCGGGCUUCCUUUGUUGAGAAGAGAAUUACCGGUGCUGUCCCUGCAGCCCCCAGAGCCUGGGCUGGACAGGAGUGAUGGACCAGCUUGGCCCUUGGUCCUGCUCUGGGAGCUCCUGACCUUCUGCAUCACUGCCGUGACCCCUGAGGUGUGGGUGCAGGUUCAGAUGGAGGCCACUGAGCAACUGUCCUUGGCUGUUCGCUGUGGAUUCCUGGGGUCUGGCUCCAUCUCCCUGGUGACUGUGGGCUGGGGGGCACCCGAUGGUGCCGGAGGGAAGGCUCUGUUGCACCCAGAAUUCGGCACCCAGCAGUGGUCCCCUGCCCACCAGGCCCACUGGGAAACCAGAAGCAGCGUCUCCUUCAUGUUGGGGGGAUCCGAGGCAAGAAGCCCCAGUGCCAACACUACCUUCUGAUGCAAGUUUGUUUCCUUCCCUGAGGGCUCUCAGGAGGCCUGUGGGAACCUCCUGCCCAGCUCAGACCAAGGGCUCCCUGCCCCAACUCCAGCCCCCAUUCUGAGGAUGGACCUGGCCAGGAUCUUGGGGGUCUUGGUGGUCCUCCUCUUCGGCUGCAUUUACCUUCUCCACCUCCUGCGCCGGCAGAGGCAUUGGUCUGUUGCUAAGCUUCAGCCACCUCUCACCAGCCCCCAGGCACAGACAAGAGCUCAGGCAGACAGCCAAGCUUCCCUGGCCUCUCUCCACAUCCCCUAUGCCACCAUCAACAGCCUCUGCCCAGCAACUCUGGACAUGGUCCACUCACACCAGCAACUGUCCCGAUGGGCACCACUCCCUGUCCACACUGCACAUGAACCCCAGGCACCUGCCCCCUGGGCAUCUCUGCCAGCCUGUGUGUGCAGCAGUUUCGUCUCUGUUGAAAAUGGGCUCUAUGCGAAGGCAGGGGAGAGUCUGCGCCACACUGGCCCUAACCAUAUCCCUUUCCCUGAGGGCCAUGGAAGGGCACUUAGGAGUUUGAUGACUGAUACCCCAAGUCCACUUGGACUUCUUCCCCUCCCAGGCCUCUGGAACCCUCCCACCCCCCCGCCUGUUGGGCAUCUGCAUCCCAGGCGCCCACUGUCCUCACACAUCAUGAUUUAUUCUUGGGCCUCCGAUUAGUGUCUCCACACAUAUCUGGCCAGGGCCACUUGCUGCGGAUGUGGUCAG